GAGCGUUCCUCUUGCUCUCCGCUUCCCAGUCCAAGCCCGGUCUAUUCGCUGACUCAGUGCCUUAAGCAGCAUCACGGUUCAUCGGAACAGAGCGUCAGUAAGCAUCCUGUGCGGAGAAAUACAUCAGCUAUGGCUAAAACUGUAACCGCAUACAAAGAGAAGAUGAAGGAGUUAUCCGUCCUCUCCCUCAUCUGUUCCUGCUUCUACCCAGAGACUCGCAACAAGCUCGUUUGUGAGUUUGAAGACAUGGAGGUUAAACCUAUAGACAAACGGGCCUCAGGGCAAGCCUUUGAGGUAAUUCUCAAGCCCCAGUCUCCGGUGUCAGACAUUGCCCACAACCUUCCCUCUCCCCCAAAGAGGGAUCUCUCCCUGGAGGAGAUUGAGAAGAAACUGGAGGCAGCUGAAGAGAGAAGGAAGUACCAAGAGUCUCAGGUGCUGAAGGUUUUGGCGGAAAAGCGGGAGCAUGAAAGGGACGUGUUGCUAAAGGCCAUGGAGGAGAACAGCAACUUUAGCAAGAUGGCCGAGGAAAAGCUCCAGAUGAAGAUGGAGCAGAUUAAGGAGAAUCGCGAGGCCCAGCUGUCAGCCAUGAUGGAGCGCCUACAGGAGAAGGAGAAGCAUGCCGCAGCUGUGCGCAGGAACAAAGAGCUGCUGAGGGAAGAGCAGCUAGCAUGAGCUUCACACAAUUCCUGUGGUCCGUCUGUU